GUGUUUUCGCUGCUCCCUUUUCCACCAUGAUAUAGCCGUGUCGGUGUCCUAAGUUUUUUUAGAUUAGCCGUGUCCCGUGUCCGUGUCGUGUCCCGUGUCCGUGUCCGAGUUCGUGCUUCAUAGGGUUUUCAGUGUAAUUCUACAAAACCAAUCCAAAAGUUCAGUUUUGUUCGUAAACAGACUUAAACUUCCUCUAUUUAAUUAAAAUAUCAAACGGUGUCCGAAUUGAGUAAACGAACAUUCCCUGGAAAACUUAGAAUGUCAAGAAUAUAAAUAUAAUUUUACUUUUGGUGUUUAAAUAUCCAAUUUGUACAGUUUUACUAAUGAACGUGUACAGGUACAGAAACAUGUUAGCAGUUUUACCAAUUUGCUGCAAAAGUCAGAAUUUCAAUCUAUUCCUCUUUUUUCUUUUUUUCACUUACUCAAUUGAUCAUACUUCUACAUUUCUUAAUCUAUGACAUUAUUACCAUAACAUAAUAGUAUAAAAGUAACUUUAUGCUGAUUCAAAUCUGUUAGUGUGCAUUUAGGUUUCGUCAUUAGGUGUCGCCGUCGUGGUUAGGUAAGAGCUAUGAAUUGUGGGUUGAGAGUUAACAUGUGUUUACCUUUUUGAAUACCAUGCGUACUACCCAUCCAUCUUUCUGAAUUACUGAUACAGUGUAGUUGAAUUGAAUGUAUCAUUGCAUUUUUUCUUGAUGUUAAACCUGUGCGUAUUUUAGAGCAUUAAUCAACUCUUUUUAUUUAUGUUCCCGACUGUUUAGGCAAGCAGACAGGGAUGUCUGGACGAGACAAGGAUAAGGGUAAGGCUCAUGUUGUAGAUCAUGGGAAGCCAAAGAAAAAGAAGAAUGGAAGAAUAGAUGUUUCCUCAGACCCUACCAGACAGUGGGUUCGGCCGACGGGGAUUACCUUCCGUAACAUUGAUGAACGGACUGGUACUCCUAUUCCUACUGGUACUCCUAUUCCUACUGCUACUACUCCACCUCCUUACCCCACUCCAUUCCCGACUAUUCCUCCCGCACCAUUCCCGCCUAUUCUUCCCGCAUCAUUUCCAGCAGCUACUACUAGCCAGCCCCCUUCCGCACCAUUCUCACCUAUUCUUCCCGCAUCAUUUCCAGCAGCUACUACUAGCCAGCCCCCCAUAUAUUCUAGUCCUGGUUUUGCCAUGCCUGGAUUUACUCCGCCAUCGACACACUCGCCAAAUUACAACACCACCCGAUCUAAUGUCCGACAAGGCUUUAACACAUCCGUUCCAUCACAAUCAUCAACGGAACUGAUGCAAGAUCUUAUGCAAACUGGAAAUUUCCUAGCCUUACUUGCUGAUCAACGACCUCCACAACAACAGCAACAACAACAACAAAACAACCAAAAUGAAGAGGUACCGUAUGAAGAGGUACCGUCUGGGGCUGAUCAAAGACGACGACAACGACGUCAAAUCAUUGAAGACUGGGAGUAUGUGGAUAACCUUGUUGUGGUUACACCAACACCUGAAACGUUAGAGCCAUCCCACGGAGUAUCAGAACAUAUUAGAAUGGCGAUCCAGACGUUUUACCCUAAAGAUAGGCGUUGGGCCGUAUAUUCAGAUCUUACUACCAAUGACAGGAACGACCUUUUUAAAUACUUUUCGGAUUUUUGUAGAUGGGAACCUCAUCAUCACACUCUUGUAGAGAGAAACUUUCAUAGGGUAGCUGCAAGACGUUUAUCAGAUUUGUUAUAUGAUGAACGACAGGAAUUGAAAAAACGUAAGGGCAAUUAUCGUACACAAUGGAUCGGAGAGAAAAGCUGGGAGUUAUUGCUGAAGUAUUGGAAUGAAGAUCCACAUUUUAAGAAUCGGUCCAAAGCUAACAAGGUGAAUAGGGCAUCUAUUGUAGGAGGGCAGUUGCACGCACAAGGUUCUGUCAGUACCGCUACCUAUGCUAGAGAUUUGCGAAAUAGAUUGGGUAGAGUUCCUUAUCCGGAAGAGAUCCAUGAUGUAACUCGUUUCAGUCAGAAUCUUGGUCGGUAUGUUGAUGCUCGAGCUAGCAAUACCCAGGUAAAUUCUUAAUAAUUUUAUGUUCUCUGCUGUGUUCAAAGGAUGUGGGUCGUGUGUCGGUCAUAUGGUUUAUAGCUUGAUCUUUAGUGAAUUGAAUUGUACUAGCUGGAUCUUUAGUUUAUACAUCAAAAGGUC